CUUAAAUCUCUUAAAAGAUGGCAACUUGCAAUGGAAAUGGAGCUGCAAAAUUUUCCUCCAAAUUGCAAGUUGAAGCAAUCCAAACUGUGAUACCAAUGAAGAUAACCAAUCCACGGUUAUCGAGGCGAAUCGCGGUAUCCGAAAAUUUUUGCUCGGGCGAUUUGCAAAGGCGAUUUCACAUGGUGUUGUACUAUAACAAAGCAUCAGAGGCGGAUUCAGGAUGGAUAGUCGCGGGUUGGUUUAAAGAGUCAUUAGGAAUGGCAAUAGUUGAAAGUCCAUUACUUGGUGGAAGAUUAAGGAAAUUAGAGGAUAAUAAUGAUUUGGAAUUGGUUUCAAAUGAUUCUGGUGUUAGAUUGGUUGAGGCUAAUGCUGAAAUAAAUAUGGCUGAUUUUAUUGAUCUCAAAAACAAGGAAAAUGUUGAAACUGAGCUUGUUUUCUGGGAAGAUAUUCAUGAAACAAGUCCUCAGUUUUCUCCCCUUUUCUAUGUCCAGGUGACAAAUUUCAAGUGUGGAGGAUACUCAAUUGGGAUAAGUUGCAGCCUUUUUAUAGCAGAUCCUUUUGUCAUGACAAGUUUCUUGAAAAACUGGUCCAAAAUUCACAACAACUUGAUCUCACAAAUUGAUGCACCAAAAAUUCCAGCAUUUUAUACUCCAAAUUUAAGAAAAGUUGGUUUUUUACCUACUAUAUCUACUAGCUUAACCACAAGAAAUCAAACCACUCAAACUUUAAUUUUCAAAAUUCCCAAAAACCCCUUGAAUUUAAACAAAAAUAUCCUCAAAAAUCUUGCAUCAAAAUGUAUUGGAGAAACAGAAGAAAAUAUUGGUAAAAAUUUGUCUUCAAAAUUCACUUUGUUUGUCAAAGAGAUUACUAAUUCUGAGAAUGUAAUUAAGGUGGAAACUUGUAUUAGAGAGGAGAUAAUUAAGGAGGAAUGUGGAUUAAUAUCUAAAAAUGGUGGAUUAAUUUUAGCAAGUUGGGAUGAUUUGGGAGGUGAUAAAGUGAGUUUUAAUGAAGGAAAUAAGGCUGUUAAUAUUUCAUGUUGGAUUAUUAAUGCAGAAAAUCAAGAUCUUGUGAUGAUUACUCCAUUUCCUGAUGAAGAUAGCUCUCAACUAAACAUUAUAAUUACAGUUACUAAUUAGAUUCUUAUAAUUGAUUCCAAUUUAUUUGGGACUGAAGCGUUAUUAUUAAUGCGAAUCAAAUUCUGAGAAAUGUUGAAAAAGAUAGUACUCAUUUUUCCCGCCCUAGCCCCCACCAAGAAAAAAGAAAGGAAAGAAAAGAGAAAUCUGUUUUUUUUGGCUCUUAUUAUUUUGGGUUUUUGGGGGUUUCUCUUUAGUAGUUGUUUUAAGGAAAUUGGUUGUACUAUGUUAUUUAUCAAAUAUUUUGUUAUAUUCUUCGAAAUGAAUACUUCCUUUUUGAUU